AUGUUGCUUAGAUAUGGUAAACAGCUUUAUAUAUUGAAAAAAGCAGAUGUGCUAGGAGUUAAUGUUUGGAGACAAGCUUCAUCGAAUGCUAGUUCAGAGAGACAGAAAAAUGAGCAGUUAUCCUUGGUGCACAUUGAACAGCAGUUCGAAUCCGUUCCAAAUGUGGAAAGGAAUAAGAAAUCUUUCAUGGCAGCGAUAUAUAUGUUCAAAGAGAAGAAGUCUAGAGGUCACGUAGAAUUUAUUAAUGCAGCGCUGAAGUUCGUGAAAGAAUAUGGAGUACACAAAGAUAUAGAUACAUACAAAUCAUUGUUAAAUAUAUUUCCUAAGGGAAAGAUGAUACCACAAACUACCUUUCAGAAAAUUUUCUUGCACUAUCCGAUGCAACAGAACUGCUGCGUGAAAGUUCUUGAUGAAAUGGAGUGGCAUGGUGUCAGCCCUGAUAAAGAAAUCCAUGAUAUUGUGGUUAACGCUUUCGGAGAAUGGAACUUCGCUACAAAAAAGGUCAAACGUAUGAUAUAUUGGAUGCCGAAGCUGAAGCAUACUAAUAAGUAUGUUGAUAGGCGCCAUCUCGAAGGGAAAACGUUAUCACCUGAAGAACUAGCUGGUUUAGCUCUGAAGACUAUUUGCAGGGACCCAGGAACUCAAUUUUCACUUUACAAAGGUUUGAAUCAAUCAGAUUGGAUUGCAAGUGCUCAAAGUCGGUCCCAGAAUGAGCUGAUAUCUCGAUUACCUACCGAUUCUGACAUCUGUGUCGAUGGACCGUUCAAGGUAUACUUGAUGGAACACGUGCUUCACUAUGUGAUGCUGACAGCACCGUCGCAAACACAGUCCGUAUCGGAUUUUUCCGAGGAUAAAGAUAUAUCUGACAACUGGUUCUCCGAUUGGAAGUCUAGAAACCAUACUAAGAAAAGGACCAUUCAUGAGCAGAGCGCUGAAACAAUAUUAGGGAUAGCUAUUCUUAAUAAGAAUGAUAAUGCGACCGCUGCCUGGUGGGUCGAAGAGUUAGAAAAAAGAAACAAUCAUAUCGCUUCUCUGAGAUUGAGGCUGCGAUUGGAUAGAUGA